AUGCAAUCCUCCCCUCCCAACAGCGCUGGGAAAGCACGCACUCUCCGAGAACUCUCACGCAGCUUGAGCCACAGCCCCAGAGACAUUCCCUCACCAUCACCACCACCAAGUGACUCGAACCCCACCCAACGGUCUGGCUUUGGCGAAGAAACUAAUUCGGAAUUCUUCAACGAUCCAGACUUUUUGCACUCUACACAACACAGGAUCGAGGACGAGACAAACACUCUCCCACAGUACCCGCGUAUACGGUCAACGGCGAAGAAGGUCAACGCGUGGCACAUGCUUCGCUCAGAGCAGCCCGUGCCAGACACGUCAAUGGUCAACAAGGAGUUUGGCGACUUUGACCAAAGCAUUUCAGACGAAGAAGAGGCCAUGUCGGUAGAGCAGGCGCGUGGAAACGGCCGUAGCGCCCACGGCACGCCAAGCAAAAUGAGCUCCCAUUUCAACAGCCUCUACGAUAUUACACCUCCUAGCAACCGCACGCGCAAGUCUUAUGCCGCUGAGACCGGAAGCCUUCGACGCGACGCCCAGAUCCGACGCGCCUCACGAAACGACCUCGACACCGCGUCACCACGUCCGGCAAGCAAGCGCAAUUCGCCAGCCCUGCCUGCUAAGCAAGACCGCAGCCGCACCUCACUUGCCCAGCUGCACGCGAAGCUCUCCGAGGACGAGUCUUCGUUCAUGGACCACAGACCACCAACGCUCACCAUGGAGUCAACCAAGAACACACGCUGGGGCAACCGAAGCAGGCACACGUCCCUACAGAUUGACGGCACAGUAGAUCCAGCCCCACGCAACAGUGCAACACCCCGAUCACGAGCAGCUGCCGCUCAGAACGCGACUGCGCAGUCGUUCAUUCUGCCCGAUCUUCCCAACCUCACCGAGCUGGUCUCCGGAGUAUUCGAGGAUGGCACUCCCGUCUUUUCCAAGACUAUGCCGGCGCGUUCGCGAUUUUCCGCGCCUCCCAAUGGCGGCCGGAAACCCCAGUUCACCCCAAUCGAGGGUGUUCCGAUUCCUGAUGAGGAAAAGGCCAUCUUUGCUGCGCUUCAAUUACUCCAAGACAAGGUCGCGGAUAUGGAGCGUGAGCGUGCUGAGGCAGAGAAGAAGAUCGAGGAGCAGGAUCUGGAGCUGAUCGAGUUACGAGCAACGACACAAGCUCAAGAGAAGCUGCGAAGAAGUGACAGCGGACAAGAUUCGGACGCUGGCAAAGGUAGUUGGAAAGUCGAGAAGACGCGCCUCGACGCGACUGUCCAAACUCUGCGAACAAAACUCGAUCGAGCGGAGCGAAAGACUGCGGUUCUGGAGAUUGAGAAGAAGCGCUUGAACACAGAGCGGGACAACAUGGCUGGACAGCUUGGUGUGGCCUUCCAGACAUGUGAGGAGCUUAAGAGUGAGAAGAACGCGUUGGCUCAAGAGAAUAAGGGUCUGCGAGAGGAAAUUGAUGCUCUUCGAGCUGAGAACGAGGCACUCCGGGACCAGCUGGAUCAGGAACACUCUCAGCACCGCGAAGAGACCACCAAGCUUCGUCGCCAGUUUGACCAGACCGCGAAUGCAACUGAGAAGGAGAACGCGACACUACACGCUGAGCUCGCCCGUAUUCGCGCAAAGCACGACGACAACACACAACAAUUGGCUCGCAAGGACAUUGAGUUGCGCAAGGCGCGUCAAGAGCAGGCCGAAUUCGAUCGUUUGAAGAACGACCACGAAUCGCUCAAGGUUCAGCUGGCAAACCUCAAGGCGAAACGCGAUGAGGAUAUCAAGCGCUGGUCCCGUCAGGAAUCCACCUUGAAGUCUCAGGUUGACCGACGUGACGAGACGAUUCGACACUUCCAAGACAUGACCCAGGAACAGACCAACGAAGCCAUGAGACUGGACAAUGACAAUCUUAGGUACGAGGACGACAACGCAAAAUGGGCGCAGAAAGAGAUGACUAUGAAGCGCAAGAUUAAGCAGCCCAACAACCAGCAAUUCGACAAUAAUCCCUAUGCUAUGAUGAGGGGCAAGGAGGUUGCACAAGAUGAUACCUUCCAGCGCAAGCCUACCUACCGCCGCGAAGACACACGCACUCGUAUCAGGAACCGUGUUCAGCAAGAGGUCCAAAACAGCAAGGCAGCAAGUACAUCACAGGUUGCUAGCCAACUCGAGGAGAGCCCACGCAAGGCAUACACUGGAGUGUCAAGAUUCUCUCAACGCACUUCUGCGCAAGCCGACCAGCAUCGUAGUUUCUCUGCACCGAUCAGGAGUGAUAAGAACGCUCAUGUCACGAGCGAUGUGGAGUCCACUACCGACCUUUCGCUCGCUCCUCGCGAGACGCCAUACACUUCGCGAAGUGCUGUACCUAGGAGGUCCGCUUCUAUCGUCCAGCCUCCCGCUGAUCUUGACCUCACGGAAUUGAGCUACAUCGAUAGCGCUCAGAUCGCUCAGCUCAGGCGUGCACUUGAAGAGGAGCGCGCUGCUGCCCGUAGGAGGGCGCAGGAGGCCUCGGAAGAGGAUGAACGUGACGAUACUGUCCAUUCCCAGCGACAGACUCGCGAAGACACCGUGCGAUCCCAGCGACAAACCCGUGAGGACACUAUCCGAUCUGUCGCGUCCGCUAAGAGUGAGCGUCGACCUUCCCUUCCACGCAAGUCUUCCCUCAAAGACGUCACCCGCACCAACGUUACUCAAUUCGAGGAGGAUGUGACUGGCAACAUGUCGAACCUGGACGCGGAUGCUGAGGCUACGCAGACUAAGCAAUCUGCAAUCGACGCAUCGAUGCUGAGCAACACGAGUCGCCGCCGACGCAGUGCUCCUACUGAGAUGACUUCUGCAUUUAUUGUUCCCGACCUCAAGAUCGACAACCGCAAGCAGACUACGACUACCAUCAAGAUCUCGCACAGUGUAAGCAGCAAGGAUCAUGACAACAGCAACUGUACCGUUUGUCGCCGUGAAGGCCUCACUUCCGCCACGGAUGAUCUCCGCGUCCCCAAGCUUGUCGCUGUGUCGUCUCGCAUGCCAGAUGAUGCUGAUGCCACCAUGCGUCCAGCACGCUCGCCAAAGGAGGCUCUCGCCCUUGUAGUAAAGGAGCUGAAAGACGAGCGUGCGCAUCUGCACAUGGAGCUCGCCGUUAUGCGCGCCAUGCUCGAGUCCCACGAUGUCAGCCUCGGAAAUCGUAGGCGCCGUGAGAUCAACGCCUCCAUCCAUGACAUCCUCCGCCGCCUCGAGAUCAAGGACACCCAGAUCUACAACCUGUACGAUGCUCUCGAGGGCCAACAGACCGACGACCUUACCGAGCUGGAUGUCGAGAACAUCACUGAGCAGAUCCGCGCCGAAGAAGACAAGACACAGAACGAGCCAGAGAAGAAGGCCAAGAAGGUAACCAUCCGCAGCUUCGUGGAUGACGACAGCAUCGAGAUUGGUCGUGGCGUCACGGUCAACAUGGACGGAGAGACGGAAGAGUUGCCAUGGGAGGGCUUUGAGGAUACAGGCAUGGAGGGAGAUGAGAGCUACGACGCGCUCGCUGGAUGGAGGACUGGUGCGCACUAG